CCGAACCACGUAAAUCUUGUUUUGUCUUGUUUGUGCAAUUUAUUGCUUUUCUCUCUUAAAUAUUCUUUUUCUUCUAUUAGCUUGACACGCUUCCCAACAUUACAAUCUCUAACAGCUCAGCCCGCUAGUGAUAUUGUCCGCUCUAGGCCUAGGCUCUCACGGGUUUAAAACGCGUCACUAGGGUCUAAGGCUUGUUAACUUAUAUACCCAGCAUCUCUCUUGUGUUUUGUCGAUGUGGGACUCUGUCUAAAGUCUGGGUUGUUACAUACACCCCCUAUUAUGGACUCAGCGUCCUCGCUGAGGUUUGCCCCGCCUAACCGGGAUUUGCCUAAACUUAGUUGAACUCUGACCCACCAUCGGCAAGACUGACACAAGAGUGGCUCUGGUACCGUCUCUAACAGCCCAACCCGCUAGUGAUAUUGUCCGCUCUAGGCCUAGGCCCUCACGGGUUCAAAACGCGUCACUGGGGUCUAAGGCUUGUUAACUUAUAUACCCAGCAUCUCUCUUGUGUUUUGCCGAUGUGGGACUCUGUCUAAAGUCUGGGUUGUUACAGAAACAAAAAUGUGUUCCUUUAACACCAUGUAGUUGUCUGCUUUCCCAUUGGUUUCAGUAAGUCUUUAAGGCCGUCAGAAGUAGUCCUGGCAUCCUGAGCCAGAUUUAUGUGGUUCAUACUCCAAGAUGAUUAAAGGUAACUGUAUCUGCACUUAGGUUGACCUUUUUUGGUAAAUAAAAAAAGAAAUGUGACUUGUUACUUUAUUGUUCAAAUGUAAUGAUGGCACCCUCCACUGUGAGUCCAUUUGUUUAUCCAUGCAUUUAUCUUUGUGCUCUCAGCUCGCACACUUAUCUGACAUGUCUCUGACUAGUGUAGUGACAACUGACGGAAUUGUUGAGUUACCAAGUUGCAGAAGUUGUGUCAAGGUGACCACCUCAUUUCAGUCUUACGACGUGGGCAAUACUUGGUGUGGUCUCCUUUCUUGGUCCUAGGCGGAUUCUUUUACUUUAGUUAGCCCUUUUUGGCGCCUAAAGGUGAUGCUGAUGGGAGAAAAAUUCUCGAAUUUGCAAAAGUCUCAUGUUUGUGGAUGGGGCUCUGAUGUUCUUGUAUGAAGGAAAAUUUGGAAACAUCCUGCAUACAGGAGAUUGCAGACUCACGAUUGAAUGUUUGCAACAAUUACCCCUAAAGUAUGUGGGCACCCCAGGAAAAGAACCGAAGUGCCGAAUUGAUUGUAUUAUACUUGAUUGCACAUUUGGUCAGUCUCCAUUGAAGAUGUCCAGCAGGCAGUCAGCAAUCCAACAGGUCAUCAAUUGCAUAUGGAAGCACCCUCAGGCUCCUACAGUAUAUCUGACGUGUGAUCUUCUUGGCCACGAGGAGAUUCUUGUGCAUGUUUCACAGGCAUUUGGUUGCAAGAUAUAUGUUGAUAAAGUUAAAACUCCAGAAUGCUUUCAGGCUUUGGAACUAAUGGUGCCUGAAAUCUUGUCUGAAGAUUCAUCUUCUCGUUUUCAACUGUUUGAUGGGUUUCCGAAACUGUACCAAAGAGCAGAAGCCAAGAUCUCAGAGGCUCGGUCUGCUUGUCAGCAUGAGCCGCUAAUUAUUCGACCAUCAGCACAGUGGUAUGCAUGCGAUGAUGGUAUUUCGGAUAUUGAGGGGCGGAAAAAAGAAAGAUGUGACCAACCAGUGAGAGAUAUAUUCGGUGUCUGGCAUAUUUGUUACUCCAUACACUCAUCGAAGGAAGAACUGGAGUGGGCUUUGCAACUUCUUGCACCUAGGUGGGUCGUCUCUACAACAGCUAGUUGCAAGGCUAUGGAGCUGGAUUAUGUGAAGCGUUGCAUUAAUCAACAUCGGAAUUUUGGUGACCCUUUCUGGCAACUUUUGGGGUUUACUAUGGACGUGGAAUCUGUAGUUGAUGCAGCAACAGCUCCAGAUGUGGUUGAGGUUUCAAGCUCACCUUUGGCCGAGAGCAAUGCUCAAGAUUAUGCAGACAACUCCCAGUCGACGACGACAUCUUUUAGCAUUUAUAGGCAGUCACACCUUUCUCCUCCAAGCAAACCAGCCCCAGUAACAUUAUUUGGUAGGGCGAGGCUUGGGCUCGACAGUUCUUAUUUCAAACAUGAAGAGAAGGAGCCUAUACUUCCAGAUAAUCAUUCUGUAUUGAGAGGUUCUGACGAGUUUGAGGUUAUUUCAUUUAAGGAAGAAGUUGAAGUGGAAGAAGGUAAGACCUUGGCAAUAAGUGAAGGUUUAGACAUUAGGAGUAAAGAGAUCUUGAUGCAUACAGAAACAGAGUAUUGUAGACAUAUUUCUGAGUCAGCUGUUGGAUUGUCAAAGAGUUAUAAUCCAAGUUUGAGAAAAAUAUACCGGUCUAUGAAUGUGAGAGUGCCUCGACCUCUUCCUUCAUUGACGGAGCUUAUGAAUGACACCAAGCGUGCUAAGAGAAGGCUGUAAGUUCUGCUUUUUCCUGGCACCCUCUCUUUAUUAGUUUCUCCGUUUCAUUUUCCACCCUCAUUAACUUUCAGACAUUGAUACCAAGUACAUCAUUGUUUACAGAAAAAGAUACAAUCUGUAUAGCAUAUAUUCCACACCUACUCUUUACCUUCCCUUUAUACAGGCUGCUGCACACAGUACCUUAUUACCUGCCUACUGUAUAUUGUUGUACGCUAUAAUUUUAUAUGCAACAUUUUAUGGUACACUGAAACAGGCAUUGCAAUAUUCUUGUGGCUGACUCCAUUGUAUUCAAUCUGAAAUAUAUUUUUUGUUUA